AUAUAAUCGUCUCAUCCACUACAAAUCUAGAGAUUGGAAUUGGAUGCUUUUCUUGUAGCGCAACGCAAUCCCCAUUUCAGAUUUUCCUUAGGGUUUCAAUAUCGCGAAAAUGGGAGGCGGAGGAGCCAUGAGAGCUGUGGCUAAGGUGGCUGGAAUCGGCGUCGUCAGCGGCGGUUUUCGUGGCAUCCCCGCGUUGUCGCCUGCGGAGCACCAAGUCGCCGCCGCCGCUUGCAAAGCCUCUCGUCCUGCCUCGGCGAUCCUUUCGUCCUCAGACGACGGCAAAACAAACGUCUUGAAUGCUGCUGUACAGAAGCCGUGUUGGGACGACUGGGAAUUCGCCGGCGGAGAGGAUGAAUUGAUCUUAGAGUCCGGCGAACCUAUGCCAAGGCUUGUCUUCGGAGAGGUUGCGACUCUUCAGGAAGCGAAAGAGGCCACUUCUGAACUCAGCGACGCUGUUGACAAGAUGUAUCUGUCUAAGUCUACUGUGGGCGAGGAACCAGUUAGAGCUGGUCUCGGUUCCAGCUUGUCCUUGCUUUCAAAUUCAGAAUAUUUAGAGACCAAGGCCUGUGUUACCAGUGAGACAACACCACCUCCGACAGGUGCUCUUCAGGCAUUUAGGCUCCUCAAUGAAAAUCCUUUGGCACAGAGUGUUGUUGCUUCAAUUGCUUCUGACCCAAAUGUGUGGCAAGCUGUAUUUCAAAAUCCGGAAUUUGUGAGUUACAUCGACUUAAAAAAGACUGAUAAAAAUUCUGAUGUAAACAAAUCGUUUGCUGAUGCUGAAAUCCAAUGUCAGCUUUAUCCAGAGAGAGUUGAUGAUUCAUCAAAAUCAGGGCAUUCUGAAGAGCCUGGAAAUGGGUUUCUGGAUUUGCUGCAGGACGUUAAGCUAACAGUGGUUGAUAUGAUGAACAGCUUAUCUGAUUAUUUUCAGUCUUUCUUUGGAGGUUCGUCCGCAGAAAAAUCUGCAACUGCUGAUGGAAGUGGCCCAUCAACCUUUGUUGAUAAAACCCUGGGAGCAUCCUUCCUAGGAUUGGCGGUCAUGGUUAUUAUGAUGGUGGUGCUGAAGCGAGGUUAAACUAAAUAAAUACUCAUUUAUUUGAAACAUACAUAUCCAUGUAAUGUUUCUUAUGUUUUCUUAUUUGGAUAACACUAGUUUGGAUUGUCGCUGAAUGUGCAAACUGCAAAUGAUCAUAUUUCAUAUGGCUUAUUAGUUGCUCCGUGAUUACAUGAGAAGUUACUAUGUACGGCUUUUGUGGCUUUGGGUUUUUGAAUAAUUUUUUACUAUUAUAUGUUUUGGCA